ACGUCGAUAUGUCAGAAGCUCGCCACCUCGACGUCGAUGACAUCUUACCGCAUUCGCACUCGCACUUGCACUCGCACCACUCCCCAAGCAAGAAGCACAAGAAACUGUUGUCUCCUCUGCUCUCCAUCAUCGGACUCAAGGUCUUCGCACUAGCCCCCUUCUUCCUGGGUAAACUCGCACUCGCAGUCGGCAAAGCCAUCUUCUUCAGCAAAGUCGCCCUCCUGAUCACCGGAGUCCUCCUCUUCCAAAAAUUCUUUGGCUCUGCUAGCCAGCUCGCCGGUGGAUUCCCAGGUGGUCUCUUCGGAAAGAACAACGUCACCCCACAAUACAACUACGAACCAGCCACCUAUGCCCAGGCUGGAGCUGGUGCAUACUCUGCUGGAUACCAGAGAUCUCUGGAUGCUCAGCAACUCGCUUACUCCACUCAAGCACCUGCUCAAUAAGUUCACAUCUGCAGUAGAAAUACUUUAGUGCCAUGAUGGCAAUUUUAUUCAUAACACAUUGAUGAUUUUCUUUCCGCUGUUGAGUAUACGACUUUACUCGAGCGCGACGAAAAUCUCAUCUAAUGUUGCCCGACUUGAC